AUGAACAACAUGGAAUCAAGGCUCAAGACUGUCCCCUAUUUUCGUUGUGAGAAAGGAAAUGAAACUGUGCCCGUGUGUCAGAGGUGUGAAACGUGCAUCUUGGCUAGGAAGAUCUUCUCCACCAAAGAGUGGUUCCGAAGGGUCAGUGACAUAGCUCAGAGGAGGUUUCUAGUGAGCAUUCUGGGACAGUUAGAUAGCUUAUAUUUGUUACACUAUUUCCUAACUCUCCUUCAGACCAUACAGGGGAAGGAUUUCAUCUAUAACAGGUCCCGGAUGGACCUCAGCAAGCGGCAGGAGGACAUCAUGAAGUUCUCCGUGAGCCAGAUACUGGAUAAGACAGUAGAGCAGAAUAUGAAGGAGAUACUGUGCUGGUUUAGGAACAGCACCCACCGGACUAAAGCAAAUUACACACUCUUGCUGCUGCAGAUGUGCGACCCCAAAUUACUGCUCAUUGCUGCCAACGUCAUCAGAGUCCUGUUUCAGAAGGAGCAUGAUACCAUUUUAGAACUUGGUCAAGACCCCAAUCUUAUGCUUUUAUUUCCUGAAAGAUACUACAACCUCCAGCUUGAUACUUCAAGAGCCAGGAGCACAUCCUUCCCUUUGUCCAAAGAUUCAGAGGGAAAAAGCUUGCUUAAAAAUGUUGAAUGGGAAACAUCUAAUACUGAAGGACAAUGGACGAGUUCGCUCCAGUGCAUUUCUGAGAUGAAUAAGCUAUAUUCUAAAAAAGUACACAUGCUCAAGGCAGGGUACAUCCCAUCCAAUCUGUUGGUUGACCAGGAUGUUGUCAGGGACUUGUCUUCUGGAGCCUGCAAAUACCGGGACUUCAUCCGUCAACUGCCCAUCCAUCUCUCCAAGUAUAUCCUAAGUAUGCUCGAUAAAAUCACCCUGAGCAGAUGUGCCUCCGUGAGCCAGCACUGGGCUGUACUGGCAAAGAAAGUCAAGAAGGACUACUCGAUGCAUGCGUUCAUUCACAACCAGAUCGCCUUACUGCAGGGUUCCUACACAAAGGGAAUAGAUCCCACCUAUGCCUGCAAGGUUUUCGUCCCAGUUCCUAAAAUGACAGAUGAUUUAAAGCACAUACGUGUGAAAAAUCAGAAAUGGAAACUGAAAACAAAGAAUGACAACAACUUGUGGAUGGCAUACCAGAACCAGGAAACCCAGCAGAUCCAGAUGGAGGAGAGAAAUGUCUUCUGUGGGUCUUACAACAUCCACAUUCUUUCUGACACGUGGGACAGAAAUAGAAUCAUCCACUAUUCUGGGGGAGAUGUGGUAGCUGUGUCAUCCAAUCGGAAGAUCCAGCUUCUGGACGUCUUACGAGCAAAGGAGAUCCCUGUCCAAUUCCGAGGCCACACUGGGAGUAUCCGUGCCCUCUUCUUGUGUGAGGCGGAAAACUUUCUCCUGAGCGGGAGCUAUGACCUGAGUAUUAGAUACUGGGAUCUGAGAAGUGGGACUUGCAUACGAAUCUUCACCGGCCACCAGGGGACAAUCACUUGCAUCGAUUUAUAUAAGAAUACACUAGUGUCUGGAGCAAAAGAUUGCCAGGUGAAAGAGUGGGAUGUAGACACGGGGAAGUGCCUGAAGACAUUUAAACACAAAGACCCCAUCUUGGCCACCAAGAUCAAUGACACCUACAUUGUGAGCAGCUGUGAGCGAGGAAUAGUGAAAGUGUGGCACAUUGUCCUGGCUCAGGUGGUAAAGAUUCUCAUUGGCCACGAGGGAGCUGUGAAGUGCCUGUGCUUUGACCAGUGGCAUCUCCUCUCGGGAAGUGUGGAUGGCCUAGUCAUGGCCUGGAGCAUGGUGGGAAAGUAUGAGCGAUGUCUCAUGGCCUACAAGCAUCCCAAGGAGGUUCUCCAUGUAGCCCUGCUCUUCCUCCGGGUCAUCAGUGCCUGUGCAGAUGGCAAGAUCCGCAUUUACAACUUCCUCAAUGGGAACUGUCUGAAGGUGAUGAAAGCAAAUGGCAGAGGCGAUCCCGUGUUGUCCUUCUUUAUUGACAGCAACAGGAUGGUGAUCAACACAGAGAGCAAUAUCGUCACAUUCCAGUUUGAGAAUAUCAAGUGGCAGUACUUCCAGGAACGGACCAAACAAAGAAAGUACAAAGAUAAAGAGGACAGGGAAGAUAACCUCCUGGAAGUCAUCUCUAAGACUAGCACCCCGAUUCCCAACCUGGGGAGCUCCAUGUCCAGUAAAUACGUGGUGGCCCAGGAGUCCACGAUAAGUAAAUCUCAAAGGUCCCGCAUUCAGCUGAAGGGAACCAGGACACAGUUAGCAGAGUCAUUAGAGUCCCCUCAAAGUCAAGUUAAGGUAAAAUCACCCCGAAGAGAUGGAGACAAUGAUACAGAGAGAGUACCAAAAAAAGGACAACUGGAAACUUCUGGAUACCUGCCCAAACAGUCGAUCAAAAAAUCCUGGAAAAUCUCUAUGUCACCCGACCGGUUCCUACUGACAGUUAAUGCCCUGCAGCAAGCCCGUAAUUCAGGGAAGUAUGCCUAUCCGCAUAGGGUCCGGUCCGAAGUCAUUGAUGUUUGGGAACCUUCAAUUUCACCCCCAAGGAAGGUCAUAAGCUUCAAAGGAAAAUCAUUACAACAUGCCGUUGACAGUUUGAGAGCCAUCCACCCUUCCACAGACAUGAAAGAAACCAGUAUUUCCCUUGAAAUCCAAAAACUGCAGCCCAACUUGAAGAACUCUUUGCACCAUUCCCAAAUCCAGUCUACCAUACCCCAGCCCAUGAUUAUCCGCUCCAGCUUAGGUGGAGACCAAGUCGCCAGUUCCAUUGGCCGGGCAGUACACAGCUUCAGACCCUUAACCAGCAGGCAUGUCAUUAAGGCAAACCGCAUGCUGGCUCCACAAGUAGGCAAGACAACCCAGCCUGUCAAGAAAGAACGGCCUUACUACUGCAUGGCCCUCGAUCCAUUUAGAAUGAACAGCGACUUCAUGCUGUUGACUGUGAGGGAGGAGAAAGCGUACGAGGAAGCCAAGCUGAAAGAAUAUCAGGCCACAAAGCCCACUGGAGUGGUCAACCCAGAAAAGGCCAGAAAAGCUGCAUGGAUCAGGAAGAUCAAAGGCCUGCCCAUAGAUAACUUCAUGAAGCACGGGAAAACCGCAGCCCCUGAACUUGGUCCAAAUGUUUUUAUCUGA